UGAAAAGUGGAAGUAUUGUCAUACACUCAUACUCCAUAUUCGGUAGAGAAGACCAUAAAAAUGGGAACAUUUGAGGAAUUUGCAGCCUUGUGUAUUCCGGUUCAGCUCUUCCGGGAGAAACCUGUCGUCUGAUGAAUCAACGUGUGAUGAAUAAAUGCGUAGCAAUUUGCAACUACGGUUUUAAUUUGUUUCUGAAGGAGAAGCAUCUUUAGUUUCAGUGAUUUUCGGAGGGAAUCUUAGCAGCUAUGGGGACGACUGCAUUGAUUUCAGCCAUUCGUAGAACUCACGCAAAAAAAAUCAUCUACUUCAAUCCAUUGAUUCGGUCUCAGCUGGACCAUCUCCCUUCCAGCAAGGAUGGCAAAAUCCCUAGCUUUUUUACUCAGAGGAGAUCGCAUAUAGGACAUGAUCAUCACUGUCAUCCGCACCACGAUCAUCAUGGAAAUGAAGGAGAGAAGAUUUUCCGUCUCGGCCUGGCCGCCGACGUCAGUUUGGCUGCUGGAAAAGCAUUUACCGGGUACGUCUGUGGAAGCACCGCAAUUAUUGCCGACGCUGCUCAUUCCAUCUCCGAUGUGGUUCUGAGUGGUGUGGCGUUGCUGUCGUACAAAGCUGCAAAGGCUCCUAAGGACAAAGAACACCCAUAUGGUCACUUUUGAUCUGGCAUGGUAAAUUCGAGACUCUAGGUGCCCUUGGAAUUUCAGGCAUGCUGUUGGCAACUGGGGGAGGUAUAGCAUGGCAUGCUUUGGAUGUGUUAAUGGGAAUGUGGUCAGCAGUGCCUGAAGUCGUUAAUGUGUCACUAGCUCAUCACCAUGAUGGUCGAGUUGGACAUCAUCAUGGAAUUGAUAUGGAUCACCCUGUUCUUGCUUUAAAUAUGACUGUACUAUCUAUCGCUGUCAAAGAAGGAUUGUACUGGAUAACAAAGAGAGCUGGGGAGAAGACAGGAAGCGGGCUGAUGAAAGCUAAUGCAUGGCAUCAUCGUGCUGAUUCUGUUUCUUCACUAGUUGCUCUAAUUGGAGUUGGUGGAUCUUUUCUUGGAGUGAGUUUCUUGGAUCCUCUUGCUGGACUUGUCGUUGCUGGUAUGAUCCUAAAAGCAGGACUGGAAACUGGUCACCAGAGUGUCCUGGAAUUGGUUGAUGCUGCCAUCCCUUCUCAUGUUUUGGAACCCUUUAGAAGCACAAUACUGCAAGUCAAUGGGGUUAAGGGAUGCAAUCACCUCAGAGGAAGGAGAGCAGGCUCAUUUUUGUAUCUUGAUGUUAAUGUUGAGGUGGAUCCCUUUUGUAGUGUGAGUGCUGCACAUGAAAUUGGGGAGCUUGUACGACAUGAAAUUCAACGAUCACACCCUCAAGUUGUUGAAGUAUUUUUACACAUAGGUCCUUCAACUUCACAUCUUCAUCAUCAUCAUCAUAAGAACAAAGAGGAAACAGUGGAGUUGUACAACACCAUGUCUUCUUUUGAGCAGCACCAUACAGAGGAGCUUGCAAAGACUAUUUCAAAUGUCUUGUCAUCAAAAUUUUCAGAGAAAAUAAUGGUGGAGAGGAUUACACGACACGUGUUGGAAGGUAAGCAGACAAUUCUUCAAGUUGAAGUCUCUAUGCCUGAAGAACUCGUAAUCAGGGAUGCUGUGAAACUUGCUAGAGAAGCAGAGGAAAUGAUCAGAGAGGGAGGAGCAGGUGCUAAUGUUGGACAGGUGUCCUUCCAGCUCCGUUUGGGCCGUCCUAUGCCCAAUGUGUAGCGGAUUGACACCGCCCAAUAUGGCCCAAUAAUUAGACUGUCGAAUUUUAACAGGAAAUAAUUCUUUAGAUAGAAUUAAAAUAGACAAAUUGUACAAUUUGAAUCACUAUUGUUUACACUCCUGAUUGAAGAAGAUUUGUACUUUUAAUAGGAUUUUAAAAUCUUAUUGAGAGUUUUAUUUGUACAUCAAUUUAUAUUUUAGUACUAUUCAAAGCAAUUUCUGUUUCAACAGUAAUUAACUUGGGGCCAAUUUCUGAGAAAGUAACGUUUCCACCUUUUACUUUGAUUUUGACAUUGAAUCAAUAGAUUUCAACCGCUGGCGGUUUGGAAUAACUUGUUAAUCAACUUAACUAGUUGUAAUUAGCUUUUAAGAAAUAAAAUGAACAUUAAGAAUAUGAAUUAAAAAAUUUAACUUGAUUUUAAUUAUUUUAAUUUUAAUAAAAUUUGAAAAAAGUUUCAAAAUUUUUAUUUACAUUAUUUUAAAUAACAUUUAACACUAUCAUUUUUAAAAUAUGUAUAUUAACGAGGAUACUCGUUAAAUUCAUAUUCCUUUAAUCCUUUUGUCCCCGUAGAAAUAUUUUCACUGGCUUUUUUGAAAGUAUCAAAUAAGUAUUUCAAUUUUUUUUAAAAAAAAAACAAUUAAUAAUCUUAAAUAACAAAAUAAUCAUUAAAUAUUUAAAAUAAUACUUUUGUAACAAAAUAUAUAAAGACCAAGCCCCUUAUUAUGUAUCUAUAAAUAUUCUUUUUCAAAAUCUAUUCAAACUUCCUUUUUAAUUAUUAUAAUUGUAUCAUUUUGUCGUAAAAACCUUUUAAAGGUUCUAGAUACGACUAUGCAUUCACUUCGGAUGACGAAACGAGAGUACACAAACUGAAAAUGUCAAAUUUGAAAGUACUCGACAUUUUGACAAAUUAUUUUGCAUAAUCAACAUUUUCUGAUCAACCAAAAAAAAGUUUAUGCUCACUAUCAAUAAUUAAUUUAAUUUUUAAUAAUUAAAAAUUAUAUUUUCAAAUAUUAUAUUAAAAUGACUUCAAAGUUGUAAAUUCCAAAUUAGAAUAUAAUUAAAAUUUGACAUCUUAAUUAAGAGAAUAAAAUGAAACUGUUUCACCAGAGUUUCUUUGUUUACAAAUGUCUUAUUGUUUCCUUGUCUAAAUGAAAUUCAAAACCAUGCAAGAAUUUAUUUGUGGUUUUUAGUUCUGGUAAUGGCAUAGGAAGUAUAUAUAUUUAUAUAUAUAUAUAUACACACAUGGUACGGAGUAUAUAUAUAUACAGAGGAUGAAUCAGAAAGAACGUAGCGAUAGAAAUUGAUAGGAUCAUUCCAUCCGGCAACAAUAAUCACUCGGUGGUCACUCUUCUCUCAUGCAAGAAUCAUCACAUUCAUCCUUCCUUCGGAAGUCUAUAUUUAAGUCAAGUAUUCGACUAAAUCAUCCUUGCUUAUGGCAAUUCAAGUGAGCAUAUUAUGAACUAAUUUAUAAUUUCGUAUAAAACAAAUGAGUAAGAAUUUAUCAUACUCCGUAACACAAAGCAACUAGAAUUUUAGAGUCUAAAACUUGCUAACAGAGUGGUAUAAAUUCGUAUAAAUUUGAACCCAAAAUCUAUACAGUUCCUCUAAACUGCACACAAAACAAAAUCUAAUUAGAAACCUCCAAAAAGAAAGAAUGCGAUUGAAAACAACUACGACCUUUCUGAGAAAACUUGGGAUUAAACCCGGGAUUAAACCCGGGAUUAAACCCGGGAAACCUUUCUGAGAAAGAAUGCAAUACAUUUCAAACUCAUAUACAAAACUCGGGAAAGCAUUUGAUAAAAGGCUGAAACUCAAUGAUUUAAGAUGGCCAUCGAUCAGAUAAUUGUAGUCUGAAUUUUAUUCGAUCGACAUGUAUGAAUUCCGGAAAAUUACUCUUCAUCUCGAUGGCAAUAAAACAAUAACGGGAACACAAAAAUAGAAUAUGAGCACUUUGAAUUUUCAACAACAGAAAAAGUAGAGUAAUUAGGCUCAGAAGGAUCCAUUGGUUUUAUAAUCACAAGAGAAAACGAGUUUUCCUCUCAUAAAAUAGGUAGUUAUAAACAUCACAGCCAUUACUCAACCAUCAAAACUUAGACAAUAUAAGAAUAAUUACAAUUCUAAACAAAUAAAUAAAAGAAGGCAGGAUUCGCUGGGGAAUUGAGAUGCGCCGAGGGAAGAAAUUCAGAUGCAGAAGACAUCGUAUGUGGAGAUGAAUAUGAACUCAAUAUAUAGGAAAAGAUGCAAUCGCCAGGUUUAGGGUUUU